AUUUGCUCGUACUUCCCAGGCCGGCAUGGAUUGACUUCAGAUCCUUGGCUCGGAUCAUCGUGCGUGCUGCUAACGACGUGAUUUAGCUGGAGUAAAUGUAGGAAUGGGUAGGUGGGGCGACCUCCUUCAUACCUCGGCCACUCCCUGCCGCUAUCGUCAUACUGCAGUCUGCUCGCGGCGGCUGCACAGUAUCCCGCCUCCGACGGCGAUGGAGUUCUUGCUGCAGCCGUUCAACAGAAGGACUCUGAUUGAGGAAGUGAAUGACAGCGAGGUACCGACGGAGCCAGCCCGAUAUCCUGUUGUUCCCGUGCCGGCGUCGUCGUUGCCGGCGGCGAGUGCAUCCAGCGCAGAUGCGCGUAUCUGUUCGCCGCCUCAUGGAGCAACCGUAGAGCGGGAUGACAGGCCGCAGGCAUCUGAACACUCAAUAGAGCAAGCUGAUCCACAGGCUCCGGGAUGGACAAGAAGGGUCAGGGUUGGGGCUGCUGCACCAGGGCGUGCCCCCUGCCUGGAUAGGAUGACAGCACUUGAGAAAUUGGUCAGAGUUUUUGCUGAAACUCCGGGUGAGAAUGUAAUUGUGCCGAAGAUAGGGGUCAGCUUCGAUACUCUUGGAGAAGCUUAUGACUUUUACAAUCUGUAUUCGUGGGAGAAAGAGUUCGGCAUUAGAUAUGGGAAAAGCAGGCUAAAUGUUAACAGGGCGAAGUGCAUGCAAGAGAUAGUUUGUGGCUGUGCGGGGAAACCCAUUGCCGAGAAUACUCGAUCCUGUCGAUGUGAAUGCCCUGCUCUAGUACGGGUGCUGCGGUCAAAAGAUAAUGGGUGGUAUAUAUCAGAGCACCGGGAUCAGCACAAUCACUCGUUGUCACCUACGUACGGGCAGACUUUGCACUGGCCAUCACACAAGCAUAUCGAUGUAUACAGCAGAGAUUUGGUGAAGCAGCUGCGGGAAAAUAAUGUGAACCUGUCAAAAGUGUACAGCAUCAUAGGCAGUUUUUUUGGAAGAUGGAAAAUGUACGAUUCACGAAGAGAGCAUUGCGGAACUUGUGUGGAAAAAUUGGGCGUGAUCAGGCUGAAGAUGAUGUCCGCAAAACAAUGGAGGUGUUUCAGGAGUUACGCGCUAAAGAUCAACAGUUCACAUACCGAGUACAAGCUGACAAGGACGGGAGGAUAAGUACUCUUAUGUGGGCUAAUGGGAACAACAGAUUGCAGCACACCUUUUUCGGAGAUGUUGUGACUUUCGAUACGACUUACAUGACCAACCUGUACGACAUGCCUUUCGGGCUGUUCGUUGGAGUGAACAACCACUUCCAGAGCAUUAUACUGGCUGGCGUGUUGGUGAGAGAUGAGAAGGUGGAAACAUUCGAAUGGGUUUUCGCAGAGUUUGUCAGAAUGAUGGGUGGCAAUGCACCGCAAACAAUUCUAACAGACCAAAAUCGGGCGAUGGAGGUGGCCAUACAGAACGUGAUGCCAAAUACGGCGCACCGGUGGUGCAAGUGGCAUGUGCUGAAGAAGGCGAAAGAGUCAUUGGGUCGAUUGUACUCCAAAAAGAGUGAUUUCCAAGCAGAUUCACAAGGUCGUAAAUCACAUGCUGACAAUUGAUGACUUUGAAGAGGCCUGGAAGUAUCUAAUAGAUAAAUACAACUUGAAGUCACAUGAGUACAUGACUAA